AUGGAGAGGUUCACUCGAGUAUUUUGCGCAUUUGGUCCGGCUAUUAAGGGCUUUACUUUUUGUCGUCCGUUAUUGAGCAUUGAUGGUGCACAUCUAUAUGACAAGUACAAAGGCGUGCUUCUUGUGGCGACCGAUGUAGAUGCAAAUGGCGGUUUAUUUCCUCUAGCAUUUGCAGUUGUGGAGGUAGAGGAUACUUCUAGUUGGAAGUGGUACUUUGAACUUAUAUACAAGUGGAUUCCUAGUGUUCGUGUGCCCAGAUUAAUUACUUUUAUCUCGGAUAGGAUGAAAGGAAUUAUAAGGGCAUUACAUGAGGGUUUUGGUGCACCACAUUACCAUCGAUAUUGUUUGAGGCGUAUAAGAGAUAAUUUCAAGAAAAAACACGUGUAUGAACAUUAUAGAGAGAAGAUCAAGUCUUUGUCAUUAGAUGCACAUAAUUGGAUUGAACAUAACUUGAAGCCUCAAUUCGAGCAUCGAUGGGCAUUAUGUAAGGAUGAGGGUGUGCGGUUUUGCAUGAUGACAACUAAUUGCUCCGAGAGCUUUAACGGCGUUCUUAAAGGAGCACGAGCUAUGCCAAUACAAUCAUUGGUUGCAAGAACGUUCUAUAGGCUAAACUCAUACUUCAACAAAAGGCGUGAGGACGGUGUAGACUGGACAACGCGUUACACACCAAAGAAUGAGUCUAUUUUGCAUAGAAGAAUUGAGGCGGCAAGAUUAUGUCAAAUUACUGUAUUCAAUGACAAUGAAUGGCAGGUACAUGAUUAUGAUGGUAUCUACACCGUUAAACUGUUUGAUGUUGAUUGCACUUGCACAUGUAACAUACCACAACUUCAAAAAAUACCUUGUGCACAUGUUCUUGCGGCUUCCUCCAAUCAGCUGGGUGGUGCGAGAAUUCCAUAUAAUCGGUAUUGUUCACCAUGGUAUUCAACAAUUCAUUACCGAAAGACAUACAGUAAGAGUUUUCAUCCACCCGAUGAUAGUCGGUAUUGGUCCGAAUAUACUGGACCACGACUAAUUCCACCUUAA